CCCCCUUUAUUAUACAAUUCUACUUGUUUGUCUGUUAUUUUUAAUGGUUCAUAUUACAUAUAAUUAGAGGAAACAUAAAAGUAUCUAGUGUCUAAGACUCGUGCACGUAUAUGCUAGGCGCUAAUGACUUUGGUCAAUUGGGUGAUGGAACUGAGGCGCGAAGGAAACAUCCAAAAAAAGUAAAGCAAUUAGAGUCAGAGUUUGUAAAAUCUGUAUCCUGUGGAGCACAUUGUUCUGCUUGCAUUGCUGAACCUCGAGAAAAUGACGGUACCAUCUCCACAAGAAGGCUCUGGGUGUGGGGACAAAAUCAGGGAUCAAAUCUUCCAAGGUUAUUUUGGGGAGCCUUCCAACCUAAUACAAUUAUCCGUGAAGUGUCUUGUGGAGCUGUCCAUGUUGUUGCUUUGUCUGAAGAAGGCGUACUACAAGCUUGGGGCUACAAUGAAUAUGGUCAACUUGGCCGUGGUGUUACUUGUGAAGGACUACAGGGUGCUCGUAUUUUAAGUUCUUAUGCUAAAUUUCUUGAUGAAUCCCCUGAGCUUGUGAAGAUUGCCAGAGUGUCAUGCGGGGAGUACCACACAGCAGCCAUUUCUGAUAAGGGCGAGGUUUACACAUGGGGGCUUGGAAAUAUGGGCCAGCUUGGGCAUUCUUCACUCCAGUAUGGGGAUAAAGAGUUAAUUCCAAGGAGAGUGGUUACACUUGAGGAUGUUUUCAUAAAGGAUGUGGCGUGUGGUGGUGUACACACGUGUGCUGUAACUCAGGGAGGAGCACUUUAUGCCUGGGGGGGCGGUCAGUCUGGGCAGCUAGGACUUGGCCCCCAAACUGGAUUAUUCUCGUGUGUUGCUAAUGACUCGCACACAUUUUUCCGAAACAUUCCAGUUUUAGUUGUUCCUAAAGGUGUUCAACUUGUUGCUUGUGGACAUUCCCACACACUUAUCUCUAUGAGUGAUGGUCGAAUUCAUGGAUGGGGUUACAAUAAUUAUGGCCAGGCAGCCAAUGAGAAAUGUACAUAUGCUUGGUAUCCAUCACCAGUUGACUGGUGUGUUGGGGAGGUUCGGAAACUUGCUGCUGGUGGUGGCCAUUCAGCUGUGUUGACUGAUGCUUGUUCGUUAAAGGAGUUAUGUGAGUUUGUACUUGCAGAUAGCAUGACUUUAGCCAAUGCUGCUAAGGUUGAGGAUAUUGCAUAUAGAACUGGAUCAGAUGCUUUGGCACGCCUUUGUGGAAGACUCAGAGAGUAUAUGCUUGCUGGCGGAGCUCUCGAACAAAAGGAUGAGAAGAACAGUAAACUCAGACUUAGCAUAUAAAGUUAGUAUUAGUAAUUACUUGUGCAUAUUAAGUUGUACGAUAUAUGUAUUCAUAAUUAGACCAAUGUCAUUAUUUGGACAAAAGCGAUCAUGCAAUCGACAAGAAAGAUCUUACGAGACAAUGAAUUUGUUCGUAUCGAAUCGAUGGAUCAUUAACUCGGUGCAAGAAAUUUCUCAGACAUCUAUCUGAUUGAACUCUUUUAUCUAAAUGAGACUCUAUUAAUGUUGAUCAGCUACUUUUAUGCUAUGCGUAGCUACAGUAGAUGACUUCCUACUUUGUAUCUCUCCUAAUCCCAAAAAAAACAAUGUUCCCUGCGUUUUAGAGCACUCUGCCGUUACCAACUUUAA